UCUAUGGUCUUGAUGUUUUUGGGGUUUUUGGGGUCUGCAAUUUGCAUUUUCAUCAAAUGUAAUCGAUAAUCACACUGAAAUCGAAGAAAUGAUAAGACUAUAUGCAACAUGUUUCACGCGUUAAGAGCAAUUCAUGUUAAAUAUGAAAUUGUUAAGAUGAUAGAUUGAUAUGUGGGAGAUUUUAUUUAUUAUCAGUGUUAUUUUUGUUUUAACAGGAAAGUGCUCAGAUGGUCAUUGUGUUGAUGUCCAUUCUCAUAUUGUUUCUCAAGGAGUUCAUUAUAUUCCUGGACCUAACAGUUGUACUGUUUGUCUUUGUGAAAAAGGUAGUCCCACAUCAUGUAAAUCUGUGUUAUGCACCCAACCAACUAAUUGCAAGUCAUUUCAGAGAGGAAACACUUGUUGUGAUUUUAAAUGUUUAGAUGACAUUUUGGAUGGCAAUACUUCUUACAAAGAUACAUAUGACUUAGCAUUGCCACUUUUUGCUAGUGUUGUAUUUGCAGUAAUAACUCUUUCUCUUCUCUUUUUUGUUGUUCACCGUUUUCGGAGAAGGAAAUUACAUGAAAGGCAUAAUAGACAAAUAAGUGAUGAUCAACGAAGUUUAAACAGCAUAGGCUAUAUUGCUGGUGGACUAAGAUACUUGCCAGGAAAUAUAGGGUAUUUAAGAUCUGCUAGUAAUGAUUUAGAAUUUCACUAUGAAGAGACUUCAAAUCAUUUGUCACUGUGGAAACCUCCAGGAAAUUAUUUUCCUCGGGGAGAAGCACCACCACCUUAUGAGGAAGCAGUUCGAUGUCAACAAAUAGGAGGUAAUGCAAGAAAUUCAGAAGUGAACAAUACUGUAGAAAAUAAUCAGAAUCAACAACAUUUUCUAUGUGCAAAUCAAAUUGCUCCCCACCAUCAAUCAACAUUAAUAAAUAGUCAUCAGUCUACAGGUGACUCAAUAAGGGGAGAAUCAUCAAAUAACGAUCCUUCAAGUAGGCAAGAAAUAGCACAUAUAACACACACACUCAAUAGAUCUGAUGAUUAUCAAAAUAUUAAAGUGCAAGACCAACAAGAACUUGUGCCUUUAGUGGAACAGAUAAAAGCUGAAGUUAAUGCUACUGAUCGUUUUCCAAAACCAGUUCAAAAUAAUGCACAUUUGGAAAAAAGUUUACAUUACCCUAGACCAGAAAGACAUAAAAAAAAUAUAACUAUCUGUGAAAAAGUCAAAUGUUGUGAAGAUAAUGAAAGUAAUGGAUUAAUAGGAAGAAGUCAACCAUCAGAAAUAGAACCUGAAAAUAAUUGGAUCAAAUCAAAUGUGAAUUUUGUUUUUCACAAUUUCCACUUGGAUAAAAAUAAUUUAGAAAAAACAAAUGAAUAUCAAGAUGCAAUGUUAAAUACUUUGAGUCGCGCUAUUGUUAAAGAUAAAGCCAGUUCAAAAACAUUAGGGAGACUUAAUAAGUUAACACAAAAAUGCAUGGAAGAGAAUAAAUAUGAAAACAUGGGGUUUUCUCUACAAAAACAAAAGCUUCGAAGCAUUCCUGUUCCAGUUGAAUUUCGAAAUGAAAAAAAUGACGAUAAAAGCAACAAAUGCAGAGACGCACAUUUAUAUAGUCAUAAAAAAGAAAAAAUAAUAGUUAAUGCCAAUGCAGCAACUUCUAGGGGAUAUUCUGAGCCUAAAAGAGCAAAAGAGCAAAUCUUUCUUAUAGAUUCUAAGGCUGCUCCAUUCUUUCUUAAGGAUCUUAAAAAAUCAUUAGAAGACUGUCGAGAUUCAUCCUGUAGUUUAUUAAGAGAUCCUAAUGAUGUACCUGUAUUUACUGUUUGUCGGAGUAGAGAAAUGCUUCAAGACAAUAAAAAUUUUUCCUUACACCGUACAUUACCAAAGAACUUAAAAGAACUUGUCACAGAUUCGGCAAAUGGUGAUCUUGGUUUUAAUUAUUCAUCCAAUAAUUCCGGGAAUUAUUUAUUACACAGAUCUUUGCCAAAACACUUAAAUAAUUUUGAUGCUAAUGUAUCCGCUAAUAUGGCUAAUACAUCUGUCCCAAUAAAAAACGAUAAUGCAAAAGAAUGUCCACUUCUGAAGCCUGUUAAUCUUCACUCCUCAAAUCCUUCAACUACACUAACUAGUAGUAAACAAAAUUUAAUAGAUACAAAACGGAAGGAUGAGCAAACUCCUGGAUCUUACCAGUGUUUAUUUUUUCCUCAAGAUGAUGAUGAUUAUAGAAGUGAAUGUGAAAAUUGUAAAAUCGUUGAUUCUGCAGCAAAUGACGAAGAAAAUGAUGUGUUUAAUGAAACAAUGACACUUCAAAGAAGACCUUUAGAAACAGUGGAUGAGUUACCUUACUAUCGAACCUCCUUAACACUUCCAACUCAAAUCAAAAAACCAAGACCUAUCCUUCAAAAUCCCAAUCGAGAAAAUUGGUUUAGAGGUAUGCAGGAAACAUCUAGUAGUGAUGAGUCAGAAUAGACAUUGAAGAAGUAAUUGUAUAUGUAGUAGAAUCUGUAUUUUAUGUCUUAAUUCCACUGCUCUUUAAAAUAAAUAUCAAAAACUUAAUUUCAAAAGUAAAACCAAACAUAUCUGAAAUCAUAUCAUAUUGAAAUGAUGAAAAAUUAUACACAAGAAAAUAUACUUGGUAACUAAAGGAGAAAGAGUGCAGUCAUAUGUAUAAGUUUAGGUACAUGUUGGAACAGGAGGUGGAUAGUUUUGCGAGUAACAAUUGGAAUCUGCCAAAACGUUAGAGAGAGAAGGGCGAGGUAGUUGGCCCCCUUCGAAACUUUGAAAUUAUAUGAACUACUUCAUAAAAUUUGCUUAUUUCAUUGUAGUAUACAGAGAAAAUGUGUUGGCCGUAAAUGCAUAUUUUCUCAAAAGAUGAGAAAGUUGUUUUUUAUAUAAAUAAUUACAUUAAUUAAUUUAUUUUUUGAGUCUCCUUUCUCCCUAUAAAAUCCGGCUACAUCUUUGUCAAGUUAUAUAUUGGCUGUAGAUGUUUCAAUUAAACCGUGUUCUAGUACUGGCGCACACUAACUCUUUUCUUCGAUGAGGUUCUAGUUGAUGUACAUAAUAUUUCAGGCUUCUAGGUUUCGUUGUAGUCAUGGUCUCUUUCCGUUACUGUGGUAUUCAAUUGAAGGUUUCGACUGCACUACCAAACAUUUGAAAGAAAGGAACCGUGAUCGCGGUGAAAACCAGAAGCUCUGAAUAAUAUUAUGGACUACGUUACAUUACACUAAUUGAUACAACCAUGACAUUGUGCAGUGUCGUUUUUUUUUUUGUUUCUUUUUUUCUUGUCAUAAAAACCAAAAAAUUGCUUUAGUUGUGAAUUUCAAUAUACCAAAAUUGAUCUUUAAAAAUAAAUUGGUACACAUUUACAGUGGACUAUAUGUAUAAAAUUCUGAUUCUACUUGUAUAUAUACA